AUGUUCUCAUUAGGCAAAAAGUCCGCUUCCGCCAAACGAAGACCUGGAGACGGCAGGAUAAACGAGAAAGCUGAAGAGGCCAAAGAGAACAAGCACGGAAAGCCCACGGCAUGCCAAGGGCAGCCAACAAUACAAAGUUGUCUGAAUCUCAGCAAGCCGCUCCGGAAUAAACAUAUAGAGGACAAUUUAGCAACGGGCCGUUUCCCUGAAGACACGAGCAAACCGAGUGAAGUCAAGGAUGCAGAGCUGAAUGCACCUAAAGGAGGGGACACUGGCAAACAGAGCCCUAUCUGUGGAGCUAGUGAGCAGACUGCUGCUGUGCCUCAGAAAGGGUCUGGGACAAGGACGCAAAGGAUAAAUGGUGAAAAGAUAAAUGGUGAAAAGUCAACGGAUAGGAAAUUGAAAGACAAACAGUCUGAACCCAAUCGAAAGGUCACAGAUUAUUUUCCUGUUAGACGAAGUUGCAGGAAAAGCAAAGUUGAGUUGAAGUGUGAAAAGCAGCGGCACAUUGAUGAUCUCAUCAAAAACAAUGUUGAAGAGGGGCUCAAGGUGAAAAGUAUUGAAGGAAAAGGAAGAGGUGUUUUUGCAGACCGGGCGUUUCAGAAAGACCAGUUUGUAGUGGAGUAUCAUGGGGAUUUGUUAGAGAUUGCUGAUGCAAAGGCAAGAGAAACUCAAUAUGCUGAAGACCCAACCAUUGGCUGCUACAUGUACUAUUUCCGCCACCACGACAAAACCUACUGUGUGGAUGCUACCAAAGAAACCAACCGUCUGGGCCGGCUGAUCAACCACCGUAAGACUGGCAACCUUCGGACCAAACUGCACGAGAUAAAUGGCACACCUCACCUCAUCUUCCUGGCUUCCAGAGACAUCGGAGUAGACGAGGAGCUGCUGUAUGAUUACGGUGACCGCAGUAAAGAAGCUGUCGCUGCUCACCCUUGGCUAAAGCACUAAUUCACUCGGUUUAGUAGUUUUCUGCUGAUAGAAUCUAAAAGGAAGUGGUAUAAUGUUAACAUGCAAUGAUGUGUUGAGUCGCCAAAGUAGUUCACCAUUACAGAUGGUACCAUAAAAUGAAUUGUCUUGUCUUUUGAAAGACCCACAGUAGCUGUAACUUAAGAGUUUUUUACAUCUUGGGUUGAGGCUGAAUGAUAUGAACCUUUUGAACUAAUUGUUUAAACCGUUGUAAAAAGUUCAUUUAAUGAAAAUGUGCUCACCCUCGUGUCAUUCCAGACUUUUAGGACUCUUUUCUUCUGAAGAACAGAAGAUAUUUUGAAGCAUGUUUCAGCUGUUUUUGUUCAAUCAGUGGAAAGGAGUAAUUGGAUAACAAUAUCUUGCACAAGAAAGAUAAAGUAUAAGUGUUUGGAAUAAAACGAGGGUGAGCAAGUGACAAGUUUCUUUAUUUGGUUGAACUAUUCAUUUUAAUAAGGGCUUGUUUAAGAACACGCGUCUGAUUUUAAGGAUAAGAUUAAUAUUCAAAUGGGUGUAGUUACUGUACAUUUGUAUAUGCAAAAAUAAGUGUUUAAUCAUAAAACAAUUA